AUGGGGAUGCCCACAAUUCCAGACUUGGACCUUGAAGGCGAAACAAGAGAUGUGACUCCAUUGAACAGGAGUUCUGGAUAUUACCGGCUCAUGAAGGAAGACCUGGCUCUUUUUGAGUCUCAUUACAAUCCGCAAGCCUUGGCGAAUGCAGGUACGAGAUGGCACUUUAUCACGCCAGGUGCUUCACAUCAAGGUGGCUUAUGGGAAGCCGCCGUCAAAUCCGCCAAACACCACUUGAUCGGCCUGGUGGGAUCUCAGUCGCUUUGGCAUCAUCAGCUGCACACCUUGGCAGUGCGUAUCGAAGCAUGUCUUAACUCUCGUCCGUUGGUUCCCCUACAUGACGAUCCUGAGGACAAACUGGCCCUCACUCCUGGAGACUUCCUGAUCGGAGCACCACUGAUAGCAGUACCAGAGCCCCGCAUCGAUGAUAUACCAAUCAACCGACUGAAACAAUGGAGCGAGGAGUAUUUGUGCACCUUGCAAACCCGCAACAAAUGGGAGAAACGAGAGCCAAAUCUUCGAGUGGACGACAUAGUUCUUGUGCGAAACGAGAAUCUACCCCCUACCCAUUGGCGACUCGGGCGAGUUACAGCGGUUCACUUGGGCAAUGAUGGAUUGGCCCGCAACGCAACCCUUCGGCUGCCACCGGCGAGUGUCGCCGCCCCGUCCAGAAACUUUGUCGAUUAA